GUGUAUUUUCAAUACUUUCUCGUCAUUGUACCAACCACAAACGUCAAACAGCUGAGCGAGGUGACUGACUCGCCGUUGUGUGGCUUGCUCUUCUUUCCUAUCCAAAAUUUUGAAACUAAAUUCAAAGGAAUAGUGGUUUCAAUAGUUAUUACUCGACGUGCAGAAUAACAAUCCUCCAUAAUGAGUGAGCUGAGUCAAGAAGAGAUACGGAGACGUCGCCUGGCGCGCCUCGCCGCUCUCGGUGGCGCAGGCUCGGCACCGUCGCCAGCCAGCCCUCCAGUCACACCAGGCGCUUCGAUGCCUUUACCAGAUAUGCAGACCUCCUCACAAGCAGUUCCUCGUGGCUCCACAGAACCUUCCACUCCUGAUGUAGCCAACACAAACAAAGAACCAAAUUUCGCCGAUGGAGUUAAAAGCGAAGUAGAUGACCAGUCAAAAAUUCCACCUGACGGGUUGAUUGUGACUGAAAAGACAGAUAAUAAUCUAUUGGAUGAAAUGCCUGAUACCAAGAUGACAGAUCUGUCACAAACACGACAGUACAACAGCUUUGAUUCCAUGGGUGACGACACACUGUUGAGUUGUGGAUCAGUCAGAGUGACGAGUUUACCACAAACUACAGUAAGCGGUUCUGAAGGGGCCUCAAUAAGAGAAGACAGUACUUCACGGUCAAUAUCUCCAGCACAGUUUGCGGAGCCAUCCCCAGUGCGGCCGCGGCCUAGCAAUGCCUCUCCGAGUUGCUCACGGCGGUCACUCUCUAUGGAGGUGGAUGAUGUGUCUGAGAGGAACUCACAAUCAGAACAACAACAGGAACCAAUGGAGGUGGAUGACAAUGACAAUACGACUGCGUCGCCAGCUCGUAAAAUACACCGGUCGCGCACAGUGAGCUGCACAGAGUUGACAGAAGAACAACUUAGGAAUAUUGUCGCCAAGAUCCUGCAAGUGUCAUGGUCAGAAGAUAGUGCAGGAGGAAUAUUCGUGCCAUCUGUCGCAGCAGCACUGCUUGACAACCCUAAACUAAGCCUAGAUGAGCUCGCAUCAGGGGCCCUGAUUGACGUCAUUACACAGAUAGCGGACGGCUCAGAUCCACUCAACCAGAAACUAAUUGCGAUUACUGAAACUACGAAAAGGCCCAGUGAAGAAUGCGGAGACGAUAUGUUGACGAGUGGUCCAGUUGGUUCAGAAACAGAAACUGAUAAAGCAGACUGCCCAACGCCAUCAUUGCCUCUUCCGAAGACAAUACCCACGCAAGGUCUCGCUGUUAGCUACAUUAUACGUUUCUACACAAACAUCAACUCAUACGAGCGGGAAUACUCGAAGAAAAGUUCGGAGCCGCCUCUGAGUGACUUGCUUCAGAGUUUAAGAACAUUACUAGUGAAUCACUUAGUGCUUGUGCUUCGCGGCGAAUUUGACCUGGAGAGAUGCAGGAAGUCCGCUUUGCUGCCUUACAUGCUCGUAGUGUCACCGCCCACCGGCCUCAUUCCCGAACUCCUUCUUGCUACCUACAGCGAUAGAGAAGUCUUUGAAGAGGUGUUCACGCCGCUGGUGCUGGGCAUCCGCGAGGAGAUGCGGCGCGCGGUGUCGCCGCUGGGCGGGCGCGGCGCGUGCGGCGGCGGCGGCGCGCUGCGGGCGCUGCGCGCGCUGUGCGAGCUGCGCGCCGGGCCGCGCCACGCGCGCCGCCCGCUGGCCGAGCUGCUGGCGCGCCUGCCCAGCCUGUGCCCCGACCCCGUCACCACCGCGCCCGGCCGGGAGAUCGCGCGCGUCAGCUUCCUCGGACCCUUCUUUGCUAUAUCAUUGUUUGCGGAAGAGAAUCCUCGUUUAGCAGAGCGUUUGUUCACGAUGGGGUCCGGGGACCGCAGCCUGGCGUUCGCGUUGCAACGCGAAGUCGAAGCAAGCCGUAACACGCUACACAACAUCUGCCACAACAUACUUCUGUGCCCCGACGCUAGGGAGCCUCUUCUCAACUACUUUGCUGCGCUUCUACAGAGGAACGAAAGACGAGCGCAGUUGCAGACUGAUGAGCGAUCUCUUGCUGGCGAUGGCUUCAUGCUGAACGUGUGUUCGGUACUGCAGCUGUUGUCGGUCCGCAUCAAGCUGGAGCGCGUGUACCCGCUGUACACGUUCCAGCCCGGCUCGUGGGUCAACGUCCGCGACGAGACCAGACUCUACUUCACUGCUCAGGAGGCACAGGACUGGCUGGAUUCACUCAAUAAAGACCCUAACCACAAAUGGCCGGAAGCGAAGUUCCAGACAGUGUGCUGGUUCCUGACGCUGCACAUGCACCAUGUUGCGCUCAUACCGGCCCUUCACACGCACCAACGACGAAUUCGGGCAUUCCGUGAUCUUCAGAAAGUGAUCGAAGAGUUGAUGGCUGCUGAGCCACAGUGGCGUAACAGUUUCCAAGCGCUUCGCAACCGCGAACUACUGCGCAGGUGGCGCCGGCAAAUCAAAAGACUACACAGGUCCAAGCAGUGCGCGGAGACGGCGCUGCUGGAGGGCGAGCUGAUGCGGCGCAGCCUGCAGUUCUACGCGUCCGUGUGCGCGCUGCUCACGCAGCAGCUGCAGGCCGCGCUGGCCGCCGCGCCCGCCGCGCCCGCCGCGCCCGCCGGCCCCGCGGGGCCCGCCGCCGACCACUCGCUGGCCGACGCCUUCGCCGCCACGCCCGAGUGGUACGUCGAGGACAUCGCCGAGUUCAUGCUCUUUGCCGUGCAAUAUGUACCACAAAUCGUGGCGGAUUACAUAGAAGACCCAAUCAUAACAUGGUUGCUAAGCGCUAUAUGCCACUCCCGUCUAUUCAAAAAUCCGUACCUCGUCGCAAAGAUAGUGGAAGUUCUCUUCGUGAUAAAUCUAUCCGUUCCCCUCAAAUUGAAGAAUGUAUACGAAAAGUUCAUGGACCACCCGAUGUCGCAGACAGCUUUGCCGAGUGCCCUCAUGAAGUUCUACACGGAUAUAGAAACUACUGGACAGAGCACGGAGUUCUACGACAAGUUCACAAUCCGAUUCCACAUCAGUAUUAUACUGAAGGGCAUGUGGGAAAGACCCAUACAUAAACAGGCCAUAGUGAAGGAGUCCCGCUCGGGCCGGCAGUUCGUCAAAUUCAUAAACAUGCUGAUGAACGAUACUACAUUCCUUCUUGAUGAGUGUCUCACGUACCUGAAGCGCAUCCACGAGGCGCAGGAGGGCGCGGCGGGCGCCAGCGCCAGCGCCGAGGCGCGCGCGCGGGCCCUCGCGCAGGACGAGAGGCAGUGCCGCUCAUACCUCACGCUCGCCAGGGAGACGGUGGACAUGCUAGAGUAUUUGACAGUGGAGAUCAAGGAGCCCUUCCUCCGGGCCGAGCUGGUCGACAGGCUCGCGUCCAUGCUUAACUUCAACCUCCAGCAGCUAUGCGGACCCAAAUGCAAAAACCUUAAGGUCCGUCGGCCAGAGAAAUAUGGAUGGGAACCUCGGCGGCUGCUCAGCCAGUUGGUAGACAUCUACUUGCAUCUGGACUCACCACUAUUCCACGCUGCACUCGCCGCUGAUGAGAGAUCAUUCCGUAAAGAGUUGUUCGAGGAAGCAGCCGUGCGACUGGCCAAGUCGUGCAUCAAGACACCAACGGAAAUAGAGCGCUUCAAGUCGCUCGCAGACAAUGCUUAUCAAAUUGCGAUAUCCAAUCAACAGAAAAGUGAUGAAUUUGCUGACGCUCCUGAAGAGUUCAGAGACCCGCUUAUGGACACCCUUAUGACUGACCCAGUUUUAUUACCAUCUGGGAAGAUAAUGGACCGAUCGGUGAUCUUGCGUCACUUAUUGAACAGCGCCACCGAUCCCUUUAACCGACAACCUCUAUCCGAGGAUCAACUGCGUCCAGCAACUGAGCUUAAAGAGAAGAUCAACCAAUGGCAGCGCGAGAAGAAAGCGUCGUAAAUGUCCGAAGCCAACACUAAAGUCUGAUGUAUAUAACGUAAACCAUAUAUAAAGACUACCGGACGGAUUUUUCCGCCUUUGAUGGACUAUUGUCCGUAUGCAUGAAUGUGAGAUUAUUCCAUGUAUGUUACUCAGUGCGGAUGUUUCGUGAAGUUAGAACUACGAGUACUUGUGAAGUUUCUGACCGACCGGAGCAUUUCAAUUACAUACAGGUGUUAAUUUAAUCGACAAAUUAUUUUGAAUUGUCACAAAAUUCUUCCAUUAGUAUUAACCACUCUGUGACAAGAACCAAAUUUAUCUCAUCACUCUCAGCUUUAUACAUUUCAUAGCUAAAUUAAUACGCAGCGUCUCCACUGAAUGUUCAACUUGGCAUCUAUUUUUAGCUUUAUCACAAAUGCACAUGAAUCUCUAAAAUUUCUUACGUCUAUUGAAAUUAAAGAAUUCUAUUUAUAAAAUCUUAAAUUAACAUCUGUAUCAUUUAACCUAUGAGGUUUGGCGUUGUGGAACGCUAAAUACGUAUGUUUAACUAAAAUUAACACCACAUGUAGAUAUAAUGGCCUAAAUUCUAAGAUGACAAUCAACAUGACAUUUCCUGUGUAAGAUAGGUGCUUUUGUCUUGACCCCAAAAUUGUAUAAGUUUAACGUGAGCACAACAUAGAGUAUUUAGUGUGAAACAUGUGAGCUGGACGUCUUCGUGCAUUUUAUAGGAAAUAUCUGUAACAACCACGGUGUGCAGGAUAUUUUGAUUUUAGAUUGGUUAGUCCCGCAUUAGUUCAACUAAUGGUUAUACAUUAGGAUAUAAAUAUAUAAAACAUAUAGGAAUUAUAUGGAAUGUUGAAGACUUCUUAUUUUUGUGCAAAGUGAAAAUUAGAAAAAUGUAUUUAAUUAUAUUAUGGAUUUGAUUACUAUUUCAUUAUAGUGAUAUUAUGUUAGUCUUUGUUAGUAAACAUGAUUUAUGUAUUAUCAUUGAAUACAUUGUGAUUUGUUCCUUUAUAACUUUAGUUAUUAUUUGAAAUGGAUUUUCACUUGAGAUUUAGGAAUAGCAUUCAUUAUAUUCAUUAGCAUAAUUCAAUUAAUAGUUUAGAAUAAAGAACAGUAACAGCGCCAGGCUACUUGAUGAGGAUUUCUAGCUGGUGUUAUGUGCAUCAGGCUUAAGUAUCUGUGAUUAGAAGCUUGGAACUUGCGUGGCGUCGCAGGUUCCGCUAGGUCUAGAGUACGAGGCGUCGCCGGUACGGAGUAUAGUAUGUUACAUGUAUCUCAAGUAUAUCGUAUUUCUCCAGUCACUGCCAAUAUAUUCAAUGUAGUCAUUAGAACAGGCAUUCCUGAAUGAAAUCCAUUUCUUUAAAUUACAUGGUCUCACUUGUAUAAUAUUUUGACUUGUAAUUUAUCAUUAUAUUACGAAGAUUCUAUAUUAUAGAGGUCUCCUACGUUGAUUAUAUCAAUAAAAUUAAAUUAAUGGAAA